GGUAAGUUUCUUCAGCACUGUUAUCGUUGUCAAGAGAAGACCGAUAGGGAAGUCAACUGGCGCUGCCAAAGCUCUCGUGACAACAUGAAGAUGUUCACCCGAAGACUUCAUGGAUUGGACUGUGAUCAGCACCAGUGAAGGAGGAUGUUAGGCCAUCUGAGAACAAGGCUGACUUUACUCUGACCAAAGGCAGCUCAAACCUUUGUGUUUGAGUUUGGAUAUCCUGUCAUCUUAGAUCUUCAAGUCCCUACCUUCUCUCUCUCUCUCUUUCUCUCUCUCUCCCUCUCUCUCUCUCUCUCUCUCUCUCUCUCUCUCUCUCUCUCUCUCUUUCUCUCUCUCUCCCUCUCUCUCUCUCUCUCUCCCCCUCUCCCUCUCAUUCUUCGGUGGUGUCUGUGAGUUCUUCCAGUCUGCCACCGUAUAAGAUGGCUCUUCUAAGGGGACGUGCCUGUAGCUCUGUGAUGUCCUGUUGCUGCUGACUGUGGGCAUGUCCAAGCUGGAGGGUAGGGGCGUAGAGUCGGGUGGAGGGCCCCGGGGGAGCGCCAGGUUCCUGGUGGGCUCCGAGGACACGGAGGCCCGAGCCCUAGAGGAGGAGGAGGAGGAGGAAGAGGAGGAUGGAGGCAUGAGGAACAACAUGGGGCUCUAUGAUGAAGACGAGGAGGACGAUGAGGUGUACUCUGAGCGUCUGAUCGUGGUUGGGAUCUGUGCCAUGGUCAAGAAGUCCAAGUCCAAGCCCAUGACUCAGAUCAUGGAGCGGCUGUGCAAGUUUGAGUACAUCACCGUGGUCAUCUUCCCUGAGGACGUCAUCCUCAACGAGCCCGUGGACAAGUGGCCCCUCUGCGACUGCCUCAUCUCCUUCCACUCCAAAGGAUUCCCACUGGACAAAGCUGUGAGUUAUGCCAAACUGAGAAACCCACUUCUCAUCAACGAUCUCAACAUGCAGUACUUCAUACAAGACAGGCGUGAGGUGUACCGUAUCCUGCUGGAGGAGGGCAUUGACCUGCCGCGCUAUGUGGUGUUGAACAGGGACCCUGACAGACCAGAAGCAGAAUGUAACCUGGUGGAGGGGGAGGACCAGGUGGAGGUGAAUGGGGAGGUCUUCCCCAAGCCCUUUGUGGAGAAGCCGGUCUGUGCUGAGGACCACAACGUUUACAUCUACUAUCCAACCUCAGCUGGAGGAGGCAGCCAGCGCCUCUUCAGAAAGAUCGGGAGCCGCAGUAGUGUGUACUCCCCUGAGAGCAGCGUGAGGAAGACGGGCUCGUAUAUUUACGAGGAGUUCAUGCCCACCGAUGGCACUGACGUAAAGGUCUACACAGUGGGUCCAGAUUACGCCCACGCUGAGGCUCGUAAGUCCCCUGCGUUGGACGGGAAGGUGGAGAGGGACAGUGAGGGGAAGGAGAUCCGCUACCCUGUCAUGCUCACUGCCAUGGAGAAGCUGGUGGCUCGCAAAGUCUGUCUUGCCUUCAAACAAACGGUGUGCGGUUUCGACCUCCUCAGAGCCAACGGACACUCCUUUGUCUGCGACGUCAACGGCUUCAGCUUUGUGAAAAACUCCAUGAAGUAUUAUGACGACUGUGCCAAAGUUCUUGGGAACAUGAUCAUGCGUGAGCUGGCCCCUCAGCUCCACAUCCCCUGGUCCAUACCCAUGGAGGCUGAGGACAUUCCCAUAGUCCCCACCACCUCAGGAACCAUGAUGGAGCUGCGUUGUGUGAUAGCAGUUAUUCGCCAUGGGGACCGCACCCCCAAACAGAAGAUGAAGAUGGAGGUGCGCAAUGCCUUGUUUUUCGACCUUUUUGAAAAGUAUGGUGGCUACAAGUCUGGCAAGCUCAAGCUGAAAAAGCCCAAGCAGCUUCAGGAAGUGCUGGAUAUCGCCCGGCAGCUGCUUGUGGAGCUGGGCCAGCACAACGGCUCCCAGUGCGAGAUUGAAGAGAAGAAGUCCAAACUGGAGCAGCUGAAGACCGUGCUGGAAAUGGAAUCCAGCGACAAUCCGUAUGGCCACUUCUCAGGGAUCAAUAGGAAGGUCCAGCUGACGUACCUGCCCAAUGGUCAGCUCAAGGCCUCCAGCGAGGAAGAGGACACCCAGAAGGAUGGCCCGUCACUGCUGCUGGUGCUGAAGUGGGGUGGGGAGCUGACCCCCGCGGGGAGGGUGCAGGCUGAGGAGCUCGGGAGGGCCUUCCGCUGCAUGUACCCUGGAGGACAAGAUGAUAACCGCAAGUCCCUUGGCUGUGAGUCUCCUAUUGACUGCGGUGACUAUGCUGGCUUCCCUGGCUGCGGUCUGCUGCGACUCCAUAGUACGUACCGGCACGACCUCAAGAUCUACGCCUCAGACGAGGGCCGUGUGCAGAUGACUGCUGCCGCCUUCGCCAAGGGUCUGCUGGCACUGGAGGGAGAGCUGACUCCCAUCCUGGUGCAGAUGGUGAAGAGUGCCAACAUGAACGGCCUGCUGGACAGCGACAGCGACUCGCUCACCGACUGCCAGCAGCGUGUCAAGGCCCACCUGCACGAGAUCAUGCAGCGGGAGAGGGACUUCACCGAGGAGGACUACCAAAAGUUGGCCCCCACCAAUAGCGACUCUCUUAUCAACUCCAUGAAGAUCAUCAACAACCCAGUUCAGACCUGUGACCAGGUCUACGCCUUAAUCCAGAGCCUCACGUGCCAAAUUCGCAGGAAACUGGAGGACCCCAAAUCUGCAAACCUGCAGCUGUACCACAGCGAGACACUGGAGCUGAUGCUGCAGCGCUGGUCCAAGCUGGAGCGCGACUUCCGCACCAAGAGCGGCCGCUACGACAUCAGCAAGAUCCCGGACAUCUACGACUGCAUCAAGUAUGACGUGCAGCACAACGCCUCGCUGGCCCUGGAGGACACCAUGGAGCUCUUCAGGCUCUCCAAGGCCCUGGCAGACAUCAUCAUACCUCAGGAGUAUGGCAUCUGUAAGCCGGAGAAGCUGGACAUUGCCAACGCCUACUGCCUUCCCCUGGUCAAGAAGAUCCAGCUAGAUCUACAGAGGACUCAUGAGGACGAGGCUGUGAACAAGCUCCACCCACUGUACUCGCGGGGCGUCAUGUCUCCGGGUCGGCAUGUCCGCACCCGCCUCUACUUCACCAGCGAGAGCCACGUGCACUCCCUGCUCAACAUCUUCCGAUACGGGGGCCUGCUCAGCGAGGAGACCGAUGAGCAGUGGAGGCAGGCUAUGGAUUACCUCAGUGCCGUUUCGGAGCUCAAUUACAUGACUCAGAUUGUUAUCAUGCUGUACGAAGACAACAACAAGGAUCCAUCAUCCGAGGAGCGCUUCCAUGUGGAGCUGCACUUCAGUCCGGGUGUGAAGGGGGGAGAGGACGACGAGAACGCCCCCAUGGGCUUUGGCUUCCGACCAGCCUCCUCAGAGAACUUUGAGAAGAAGACGGACCCUGGCAGCCUGGAGGACCUGUCCCAGGACGAGCCAGACCGCGCCUCCCUCACCGACCCCAUCAGCAUCCUCAAGAAGUCCCCCCUGGUCCGCAGCCGCAAGACCGGCUCCAUGGAGGUCCUGUCCGACAGCUCCUCCACCUCCUCCAGGGGCUCAGCCUAUCGCCUCUUCCCCUCCUGCUCCCGCCAGUCCCCAGAGAUCAAGACCAGCGGCCUGGGGAGUCUGUUUUCGGGCCUCUUCAGUGCCGCUGGCUUGGGUGCCUCCAGCAGUGCCCCCAACCUCAGCGACCUUGGGCGAGCGCACCGGAACCCCCGUGCAGAUGAGAUGUUCUCUAUUCCGGCAGUAAAGAGAUUUUCUGUGUCAUAUGCCAGGCAUCCGACUAACGAGCCCGAGGAGGAGCAGUAUGUGUCCCAGCUGCUGCGGGCUCUCUCCAUUGAUCCUGCUAUGACCCAGCACCUCCACCAGUGCUCCUACCACCUCCGCCUGCUCACCAAGUGGCUGAGAUCAGGCCAGGAGCUCCCCGAGUGCCUAUCUGGGUUCGAAGGCUGUUCCAUGGUGCCCUCUAUAUAUCCCCUUGAGACGCUGCACAACUCCCUCUCCCUCAAGCAGGUGGACGAGUUCCUCACCACCGUCUGUGAAGAUGUUGGAGAUACUCACUCCAAGACUCUCAAGGCCCUGUCAGCUCUGUUUGAGACCCAGUCUCAGACCUCCAUGGAUGUCUAUUCCCAGCAGGACAGGUCACUGGCGCCGUCUCCCGCCCCUCCACACUCCCCUCAGCCACACACACAGCAGCAGCCCCUCUGUUGUAUGAGCAGUCCAUCAAGUCCGGUGUCCAGUGCAGGGCCGUCCUCUCCUCUGGCUGAUCCUGUGCUCUGCUUGCCUCUGAAUGAGUGAGUGAGUGAGUGAGUGAGGGGGAGUGAAGGGAAGUGGUGCAGUCUAUAUAUACUGUCAAAGGGUGCAGCCCACUCUUUCACCAGGAGGCAAACCACUGGCACAUACUGGACCACGGUGGAAAUGGAUAGGACUGGCUACACACACACACACGAAACACACACACCAGCAAACACGUACACAUACACACACACACACACACACACACACACACACACACACACACACACACACACACACACACACACACACACACUUCUCUGCUGAGCUAGGCUGCUGGACAUCAAGCAUCAUGUCUCUUUGGCUGCUGUCAGCAAUGGGGAGCCCAGAUAGACAACACCUGAUCAUGUUAUGUGGUGGAGGAGGCCGCCCGAGAGGAGGCCGUCACGCAAUCAGCUUGCAGUGCUGUUGGAGCAGAAGGCUCUCGUCCUAUCAGCUUGCAGUGCUGUUGGAGCAGAAGGCUCUCGUCCUAUCACCUUGCAGUGCUGUUGCAGUAGAAAGCUAGAUUCUGGACUUUAAAAACUCUUUUUCACUGUCAGCAGUCAAAAGACCCACUGAACAUCAGAAAGGCUGUUUACCUUUGUGCAAUGCUGUAGGCUCCUGCAAUGCGGGUUGUACAGACGUGAUGGAAACAUAUCAGUAUGAAGACCUGUAGUAAUAUAUUUUCAUAAGAAUAUUAUGUUAACACCAGUGCCUUGUCCUGUUUUUAAAGAAAAAAUUAUCUAUUUUACUGUUUAUUUUUGUAACCAAAAAGAACAACCACUCCAAUAUGAAAGCCAAGUGUUUUGUGUCGCACAAAUGUGUCCUUUAUAAAUGAAUGUUUUUUCAGACUACUGUUUUUCACCAGCGUUUCAGAUUCAAAGUCAAAAGGCAUCAGUCAGAUCAUAACAAAGUUUGCCCUUCAGAUGCUAUAAAGAAUUAUCAUGUGUUUAUGCCCAUUGCAUUGGCCUUCAGACUUUUCAGUGUCAUGUAUUUUUCAGUUUGUGAUUAUAUGGUUUGAGUCUUUUUGAAUAGUUUUCAUUUCAUAUGGGAAUCACCAUCUAAACUCACCUUGCCUUAUGUUCAAUGUUUCAAUGUUUGAAAAAUGACAAUUCAUCGUACGGUGAUCUUCAAAUGAGAAGCUCUCUGUACAUUUAUUUAGUAGACUAAAAACAUUUUAAUUAUUAUUUUAAAUGUUUGGAUAAUGUAUUUUUUCUAUGUACUGCAGAUGUUUAAAGUUUUUUGGGUUUGAUUUUAUUUAUGAGAUUAUUUAAUUUCACAUGAUUGGUAAUGCUGCUUCAGAUGUGUACUGUAAAUAUUUACAAUGCAUCUAAAAAUAUCCAAAUAAAUCUUCCCCCUAUUCUA